UCCCACUCAUGAUCUCCACCAGGCAGGCGUGGUCUAGAAUGGCUUUGGCGUGACUCUGAGCCGCGUGACCUCCUUUCCCAUUCUCCUUCCUUUCUUUCUUUCCCCACGCGUGACUGGGGUCUCCCUUGAAGCAGAGGCGCCAUGGGCAGGAGGGCUCUCGGGGAUCCGUGGGGUCCCUUUCCCCACGCCUGCCUCUUCGUGACCUUGCUGAGCCUGAGCGGAGCCUUCUGCCUGGCCCACCCGCGGCUGUGGGCGCCCGAGCCUGACCAGCUCUUCCGGGUCCCCGAAGGAUGGCGCUCCGUGGGCCGCGUCCCGCCCUCCCACCCACUGAGCUUGACCUUCGCCCUCCGGCAACGCAACCACUGCCAGCUGGCCGCCCUCCUCUCCGACCUCUCCUCGCCCCACUCCCCCCACUACGGUAAGGGGAGGCGUGGGAGUGGGAGUCCGCGCGUGGACAGCUCCAUCUCUCCGCAACCCGGCUUUCUUUCCACCUUCCCGAGUGUUGUUAGG